AUGGCAUCUGGCCAAGAGAAGGAUAUGGCAAGGGAGGAAGGGCCCACUGCACCUAAUGAGGUGGUGAACAAUGCUGCUGAGAUUGACCUCAAUCAAGAUGAGGCAAUGGCUGAGAUUGAGUUGGAUGAUAUUGAGGACUUGGACCUGGACCUUGGAGAUGAGCAUAACCAUGGUGAAGCUCAGAACCAUGAUGAAUCUGAGCACCAUGGUGAAGCUGAGAACCAUGGUGGCACUGACAACCUUGGGGAAGAGGAUAACACCGGUGGAAAGGAGGCCACUGGUGAUGAAAAUGACUUCACUGAGGGUGAAGGCACGACUUAUCCUAUCUCCGAGGAGAUUGUCCAACUCCAGGCUAAGGUGGCAACUCAGAAUAUCACCAUCCUACAGCAGCAGACGUCCAUUGAUGGACUCAAGAAGCACACUCAGAACCUCGAGGCUAGACUAAGCAUUACCAUGAAGGAGGCUCGCGUCACUGCAGCUACUCGUGCAUUGGACGAGGUGGCCCGCAGGGCCGUGUAUGGUGCUAAGAAGCAGGCACAGGGACCGUUUGAAUGGCCGGAGUUCUGCACCGCGCUGAAAGAGGCAUUCAUGAAUGCGAAGGGUGGAAGCGGUUGGAACAAAAGGCCUUUCCAUCAGCGUGAUCACCAGCCUGGCCCACAGGCCAAGAGGCCUAACGGAGGGGGAGGUCAUGGACCUAACAAGCCGGACUUCUCCGACAAGCAGUGCAGAGGCUGUGGAAGGAUGGGGCACGUCAUAAAGCAAUGCCGUGAUAAGAAUGCUAUCAAGUAUUCUGGGAAGCCUAAGCCAGGCGGAGCUGGACCUUCUGGAAAAAAGGAUUUUCAGAAGCCCAACUAG